CUCAGUGAGGCUGAUGCCGUGCAGCAAGCAGUAGGUAAUGAGUCUUUGUGCAGAGUGAAGCUCUUGUUGCUGAACAAUAAAGCAUAUGGUACAAGCAAUAAAACACAGGGCUGGGAAAUUUAAGAAGAUUCCUCUGAACCAGGAAGAACUGUGUCUUCGGUGAUGCUGACACGUAUUAUAAAAUGAUCAUUUAUUUUGGAUCCUAAUGAAUAAAGAGUGCAAGGACUAAGACUACAGCUAUUUGAACAGGUACAUGUGACAGCGCUGCAGCUAUGAGUGGAAUUUUAAAGAGGAAGUUUGAAGAAGUUGACGGCUCCUCACCCUGCUCCUCUGUAAGGGAAUCGGAUGAUGAAGUUUCCAGCAGUGAAAGUGCUGACAGUGGGGACAGUGUCAAUCCAUCCACUUCUAGUCAUUUUACCCCUUCCUCCAUUCUCAAAAGGGAGAAGCGGCUGAGGACAAAGAAUGUACAUUUUAGUUGUGUCACCGUGUACUACUUCACCAGGAGGCAAGGCUUCACAAGUGUACCCAGUCAAGGGGGCAGCACCCUGGGGAUGUCCAGCCGCCAUAACAGCGUGCGCCAGUACACUCUUGGCGAGUUUGCAAGGGAACAGGAGAGGCUCCAUCGGGAGAUGUUGAGAGAACACCUUAGGGAGGAAAAACUGAACUCCUUAAAACUAAAGAUGACUAAGAAUGGCACAGUAGAAUCAGAAGAAGCCAGCACUCUUACACUGGAUGACAUUUCUGAUGAUGACAUUGACCUGGACAACACAGAGGUAGACGAGUACUUCUUUCUACAACCUUUGCCAACAAAAAAACGAAGAGCUCUGCUGCGUGCCUCUGGAGUGAAAAAGAUUGACGUGGAGGAAAAGCAUGAACUCCGAGCCAUCCGCCUCUCACGAGAGGACUGUGGCUGUGACUGCCGAGUGUUCUGUGAUCCAGACACGUGCACCUGCAGCCUGGCUGGCAUUAAGUGCCAGGUGGAUCGUAUGUCUUUCCCGUGUGGCUGCACUAAAGAAGGAUGUAGUAACACAGCAGGUAGAAUUGAAUUUAAUCCUAUCCGUGUUCGGACUCACUUUUUGCACACAAUAAUGAAACUUGAACUGGAGAAAAACCGAGAGCAGCAAAUCCCCACGCUGAAUGGCUGCCACAGUGAGAUAAGUGCUCACAGUAGUUCCAUGGGCCCUGUCGCUCACUCCGUAGAAUAUUCAAUCGCAGACGGUUUUGAGAUUGAAACUGAACCCCAGGCUGCAGUGCUGCACCUGCAGUCGGCUGAAGAAUUAGAUUGCCAAGGAGAGGAGGAGGAAGAAGAAGAGGACGGGAGCAGCUUUUGCAGUGGAGUCACAGAUUCUAGCACGCAAAGCUUGGCACCUAGUGAGUCAGACGAGGAGGAGGAGGAGGAAGAAGAGGAAGAGGAGGAGGAGAAUGACGAUGAUGACAAAGGAGAUGGCUUCGUGGAAGGUUUAGGCACCCAUGCCGAAGUUGUGCCUCUUCCUUCGGUUCUUUGUUAUUCUGAUGGCACCGCCGUUCACGAAAGCCACGCAAAGAAUGCUUCUUUUUAUGCCAACUCUUCAACUCUGUAUUACCAAAUAGAUAGCCACAUUCCAGGAACUCCAAAUCAGAUCUCUGAGAACUAUUCUGAAAGAGACACUGUCAAAAACGGUACCCUUUCGCUGGUGCCUUACACCAUGACCCCGGAGCAAUUUGUUGACUAUGCCCGACAAGCAGAAGAGGCCUAUGGUGCCUCCCACUACCCAGCUGCCAACCCCUCUGUAAUCGUUUGCUGCUCCUCUUCCGAAAAUGAUAGCGGUGUGCCCUGCAAUAGUUUAUAUCCCGAACACAGGUCCAAUCACCCUCAAGUGGAAUUUCACUCAUACUUGAAAGGCCCCUCCCAGGAAGGGUUUGUCUCUACAUUGAAUGGUGACAGUCACAUUUCAGAGCAUCCUGCUGAAAAUUCUUUGAGCCUUGCAGAAAAGAGCAUAUUGCAUGAAGAGUGCAUCAAAUCACCCGUGGUUGAGACAGUCCCUGUUUAGUAGCUUAAAUUAUUCUAGGACCAACUCUUCUCCUAUUUAAGGCACUGUAUUUAAUUGGAUUUCCUGGGCUCAUCAUUGUUUAAACUGAAGACCAAGAAAACUUGGACGAUGGUUAAUCUUCCAGACUGUAUUUUGUUUUUUCCUUUCUAGCCACAUGACUGUGGCAUUGCACAAAUACAGUCUCUGUAGGGAUUUUAAAAGAUUUCAGACUGUUUUGAUAGAAAAUGCUAAAUUUUAAAAUGCAUAUCUCACAGUUGCCUACCUGUCAAACUGUGUGAAACCUGCCAAUCUGUGUAGAUCAGAGCUCCAAAUUUUGGAUUAUCGGGCCUGUGCAAGAUUGUUAACUAAGGCUGGGAAAUAAUAAGAUUUAGAGUCCUAAUUUUCGAUAUAUCUGAAGAUAAUGGUGACUUUUUAAUGUAAAAGUAAUUAUUGUAAGAAAAAGAUUUAAUUGUUCCAUGUGUAUUUUAUUUAUGGUAGUUUAGAAGUCAUGUUUUGAUGAAAAUGAACAGCCGCAUGUUCAUUGAAGCUGAAGAUGCAUAGCUAGUUCCACAGAGCAUGCCCACAUGGAUUGCAUCUGGAAUCCAUUCACAUUUUUAUGAUCAUGACUGAUCAGAUUUGCAAAUUCUUAAGGGUGAAAUAGGCCUAUUUUUGCUAUUUUGGACAAAUAAAUGAUUCUAUAUGUGCAGGUCCUUACACAGUUUUCUCUAAAGUUAAGAGUUAGGACAAUCCUCUGGGGAGAGUCUAGUUCACUGUCCUCCCUCAGCUGACUCCAGAGAUGGAGGUAGAAGGAAUUGCCUUUCUUUUUUAAACAGCAUCAUCUUGGUUCUUAGCUUGGACAGCACCUUUAAGCUCUACCCCCUACAUCAAAAUGCACUUUAGUGCCCCUUCACGGUACCUCGUGUGGGGUGGGGACUGAGAACUCUUUGAGAUGAAAAAAUUU